AUGAUCAAGUUCCGGGAGGCGGUGACCUUCCAGGACGUGGCCGUGGUCUUCACGGAGGAGGAGCUGGGGCUGCUGGAUGCUGCCCAGAGGAAGCUGUACCGGGACGUGACGCUGGAGAACUUCCGGAACCUGGUCUCCGUGGGACACCGGUCCUCUAAACCAGCUGUGAUCUCCCGGUUGGAGAGAGAGGAGGAGAUACACACGCAGAGAGGUGGGCGUUCCGCGGAGAACUGUGCAGCCAGAGCCCUCGAAGGGUUUCUCUGGGGGGCAUUCUCUUAA